AUGCAACCGACCCCAGCCUCGCCCAGCGCCAGCUGCAGCAACGGUAUCGUGGAAGCCAUCAACCCCGCGGUGCAGUUGGCAAGUUCAUUGUCGUCACACUCGAUGCCUCAGAUGGUGCUUGCCGCCGAUGGCGGAGUUGUUGACCACCACCACCACCAGCACCCGGGGGAGUUCGUUUCCCCGCAGGAACUGGAGAUGGAAAACCACUGGUUGCGUGAAAAGCUGAAGGAGAUUACCGUCGACCGGGAUCGGUUGCUGUGCGAGGUGGCCAACCUGCGGCUCGAGCUUGAUAUGGCCGAACUGAAGCGACUACCGGAACACAGGUGA